AUGAAGAUAUAUAAUAUUUUUAGAAUUAUUUUUAAUACUACUAUAUGGACAGGUAUACUUACUAUAAAUUGUUAUGAUUGUAACUCUGAUACGGGAAAUUGUAAUGAAGGAGAAUGUGAAGGAAAAUUGUGUGUUAGAACUGAAACAGCAUCAUUAGAUACUAAUAGAAAAAUUGUAAUUAAAACAUGUUCAAAUGAUGAUGAACCUACAGAAUGUUAUCAAAUACCUUUUGGUUCACAAUUUAUUUCAAGAUGUAUUUGUGAUUAUCCAUUAUGUAAUGGUGAUAAAGAUUCAAUAUUAGAUACUGAAAAUCAUACAACAUUAACUAAUUAUUUUUCAAUAAAAUAUACUUUUUUGUUUGUAAUUUUUUUUAUUUUAUAUUAUAUACCUAUAUUAUUUUGA